CGUGCAGGCUGUCUUACCAACCUGUUUUGCUCUAACUUGCUUCUUAGCUUUUAACCAUAGACAUAACAUGAGAAACUUCAAGAUUUUCAAGUGGAACUGACUGCGACUGGAGUUUGUUGUUGUUUUUGUCCUUUUUCCCAGUUUUUAUUUCAGACCUAAAAAACAUGGAAAGAAGAGUACGAGGAUCUCUCAUACACCUUUCAUCAUGUGCCUUUCACUGAUUAUUAACAUUUGGCACAUUUAUGGCUAUUCAUGUGGAAAUGUUUGUGUAUCUAUAUAUACAUGUACCUGUUGUGUGUGUGUUUUUGUUUCCCCUGAACUUGUUGAAAGUAAGUUUAGAAAAGAGGCGGUGACGAUCAGGAGGUCAUCGCGCUGCUCUGUAGCAGGGAUGAUAGUGCGGUGGCAUCGUGAGUGCUAGGAGGUGGUGAGUACGGGGCACCCUGAGACAGUACAGCAGAGACUGCUCAUCUGCCUCUUCUGGUGGCCGGAAGAGGUUUCAUGAAGGAAGUGACAGGCAAACGACAACCUGAGGGACAAUGGGCAGUUGUCCAGGGAAAUAGCAUAUGCUAAGGCCUGGCCACGGGAGGAGCGCAUCGUGUGUUCAGUGAAGCUGCUGUGGACAUGAGUGUCGAGGUCACCCAGGCUAAGCCUUGGCCCCAACAUGUGCCUAAGGCGGCUUCUGCAGUCCUCCCAGCUCCAGCGGACUUGGAGGGCGGCCUUCCUGAAACAUGUCCAGGGCAGGCACCCGGGAGCCCGGAGAUGGAUGCAUUCUGGAGGUGGCCCCUACAGAGCAGUGAUUUUUGACAUGGGCGGAGUUCUGCUUCCUUCUCCAGGGAGCGUGGCCACAGAAUGGGAGGUACAGAAUCAUAUCCCUUCUGGAACUAUAGUGAAGGCCUUGAUCUCAGGUGGCGAAAAUGGGCCCUGGAUGAAAUUUAUGAGAGCAGAGAUAACAACAGAAGAUUUCUUACAAGAAUUUGGGAGACUUUGCUCUGAAAUUUCAAAGACCUCCGUGCCUGUGGACUCCUUUUUCUCUCUGCUGACCAGUGACCGAGUGACGAAGCAGUUUCCAGUGAUGACUGAGGCCAUAACUCAGAUUCGGGCUAAAGGGCUUCAGACUGCAGUCUUGAGCAAUAAUUUUUAUCUUCCCAAUGGGAAGAGCUUUUUGCCCUUGGACCGGAAACAGUUUGAUGUGGUCGUGGAAUCCUGCCUGGAAGGUGUCUGCAAGCCAGACCCCAGGAUAUACAAACUGUGCUUGGAGAGGCUCGGCCGGCAGCCUUCUGAGUCCAUCUUUCUUGAUGAUCUUGGACCAAAUCUAAAAGCAGCUGCCAGCCUUGGUAUUCACACCAUUAAGGUUGAUGACCCAGAGACUGCAGUAAAGGAAUUGGAAACUCUUUUGGGAUUUCCAUUGAGAAUGGCUGUUCCAAACACUCGCCCUGUGAGAAAGACAAUGGAAAUUCCCAAAGACGCUUUGGAGAAGUACCUCAAAGACUUACUGGGAACCCAACCCACAGGCCCAUUGGAACUCCUUCAGUUUGAUCACGGGCAGUCAAAUCCCACCUACUACGUCAAGCUGGCUAACCAUCAGCUGGUUCUGAGGAAGAAACCCCCCGGGACGCUCCUUCCAUCCGCGCAUGCAGUAGAGAGGGAGUUCAGGAUAAUGAAAGCCCUUGCAAAUGCUGGAGUCCCUGUCCCCAAAGUUCUUGACCUUUGUGAAGACUCAAGUAUCGUUGGUACCCCUUUCUAUCUGAUGGAAUACUGCCCAGGCCUCAUCUACAAAGACCCCUCUCUACCAGGCUUGGAGCCCAGCCAGAGGCGGGCCAUCUACACUGCCAUGAACAGAGUCUUGUGCAAGAUUCACAGUGUGGACCUCAAGGCUGCAGGUCUGGAAGACUAUGGGAAACACGGGGACUAUAUUGCACGUCAGGUGCAGAUAUGGACCAAGCAGUAUCGAGCCUCAGAAACCAGCACCAUUCCAGCAAUGGAGAGGCUCAUCGAGUGGCUGCCCCUCCACCUUCCCAGGCAGCGGCGGACCACAGUGGUGCACGGGGACUUCAGACUGGACAACCUGCUGUUCCAUCCGGAAACUGCCGAGGUGGUUGCUGUCCUGGACUGGGAACUUUCUACCUUAGGCGACCCCCUUGCCAAUGUGGCCUACAACUGCCUGGCUCACUACCUGCCAUCUGGUUUUCCCAUUCAGCCAGGGUUGAGUGGCUGUGAUUUGACUGAGCUGGGAAUCCCUACUGCAGAGGACUAUUUCAGGAUGUACUGUCUUCACAUGGGGAUCCCUCCUUCUGAGAACUGGCACUUCUACGUGGCUUUCUCCUUCUUCCGCAUCGCUGCAAUCCUGCAGGGAGUCUACAAGCGCUCACUCACAGGGCAAGCAAGCUCGGCAACUGCGAAACAAACUGGGAAGCUGACAGAAUUUAUGUCUAACCUGGCAUGGGAUUUUGCAAUCAAAGAGGGGUUCCGGGUUUUUAAGGAAAUGCCAGCCACCAAACCAUUAACGAGGUCCCACCACACAUGGUCCCUGCUGAGGACCCCAGGCACGAGGAGUUAUGUCACCUCCACAGACUCUUCUCCAGCUCAUGCCUCAAAGGGAGCUCUGAUCUUCUCUCCAGAAGGCCUUUCCCCCCGAGUCAGGGAGCUGUAUCAGCGGCUGAAGGAGUUUAUGGAGCGACACGUGUACCCCGCUGAGCCGGAGCUGCAGCGUCACCAGGCAUCGGCCGAGAGGUGGACCCCCUCCCCGCUGGUCGAAGAUCUCAAGGUAAAGCAGCCUUUCGUUAGCACAGCCCAACCUCAGCUCGUCCACUGGCCAUAUCUGUUCCUUCUUAGGCAGUGAAGAGAUGGGAGAGUUGAGUUCAGUGGUCUCUGCUUUCCACCACCACUAGAAAGUCAGCCCUAGAUCACUCAGUUUCACUUCGUCGCUCUUUCUGUGUGAUGUCUUGGCCUGAUACUCAGCCCAGGCAGAGGAAUGCAGUCUGUGGCUGCUAACUCUAAGGCAGGUAGACUCAUUUUAUAGAUGUCUGAAUUAUGUAAAUUUGGGACUGAGUGAUAUAAAUUGCAUCAAUUAAAUGACGCUCUCUUUAAAGAAUCCAUAACAUCAAACCUAAAGGGCCACGUCAACUCUAAACUAUGUUUAUGCUCCUGACACACAGUGACAUCAGUUUAGUGGAUAAUGGAAAUACCUGCUGUUCUUUUUCAGGAUUGGCCUUGCCUUGUGUUAGUUCUUAAGUUAUCUGAGGUCUUCAGGAGCACAUAUUCUGCCUGUGAUACAACCAGACCUACUUUAAAAUGAAUUGGCAUUAUCUCUACUUUCAUAGUAACAAACCUGUUGCAAAUUAACCAGAGUUCAAACAUGGCAAGAUUAGAAAGAAUUCAUGACAUAGAAAGAGUUCUAUAAAAUUCUCUGGCCUCUGAGAUAGUGACUGUCAACAAUUUGAUUUAUAGGCUUCCAGUUCCAUUCUUCUAGUACAUAGUACUAUAUAUAUUAUUCCUAUAAUAUAUAUAGAAAUAUAUAUAUGUAUUCCCACAUCCUAUUGUAAUGAAACUGUUUUAUUCAAUUAUUUGAAUCUCCCACUGGCUUAUGUUAUUUAAUGAUGUAUCCCAUGUCAGUGCCUGGAGAUGGACCCCCAAGGGGACACAUUGGGGGUGCACCAUAAUUUGGCUGCCCUGCCCCUGGCUGAGAGACACUGUGGGGAUCUCAGUGUAGGUCACUCCAAGUCACCAAAGCAGCAGAAUGAGCAGCUAGCUGCUAAUAUGGACAGGGAGGCUGAAGAGCCAGCUGAAAGAGACAGUAGAAGCCAAGGGAAUGCUGGCUGCCAGGAGUGUGGCCACAGCUGUCACUAGGGCAAUGGCCAGGAGGUCUCCACUGGACACUUCCCCAGGACACUAAGAUUGAGGUGGGAAUCUUCAGCCAGUCAUGUGUAGGUCCCAUGCUCACAUGUUGAUGCCACUGAAAUUUUUGCAGUGAGAGAGCACCCCAGAAUAAGAAGAGGUUUGGGUCCUGGGCAAGCAAGGUGCAUCAAAUGCUGUUAAAUGCUUCUGUGUCCACUUACUGUUUCUAUGGUGUGUUUGUUUUUCUACUUGUGGCUGGCUGGGUCUUCAUUGUGGUGCAUGGGCUU